AUGGCGGACCUGUCCCACGCCGGCUAUGUGGCCCUGUGCUACGCACUCUCCGUGUUUCUCCUCGUGGCUUUCGCCGCAUAUGCCGUCGGCUACGGCGUCUGGUUCCAGAGGCGCCGCAUGAAGAUUGUCGAUACCGAGGGCUUCACCACGGCGCGCGGCACGCAGUCGCUGUGGCGCAUUGGGUGGUCCUUCUUCUGCGGCGCCAUCG